AUGUUGACCCUCAAUGUCGCAAUCACUCUCCUUGCUGGACUGAGUGCAGCCACUCCUACGAAGCGCGCUGCCCCAGUCGACGGAAUUGCGGGCUACGCUACAUUAAACGGAGGCACGACAGGUGGGGCGGGAGGAGCGACUACAACUGUCACAACCCUCGCCGCUCUGCGGUCUGCUGUAGCGGGCACCUCUCCUAAGGUCGUUAAGAUUUCGGGCAUCAUCACAGGAGAUGGAAAGGUGGUUGAUGUCGGAAGCGAAACCACUGUUCUCGGUGCCGGUAGUGACUCCGGUUUGAUAGGUGGAGGAUUCCGAGUUAAGAACGGAAAAAACGUCAUUAUACGGAAUCUACGUCUAUCAAAAUCCCCCGCUCCAACAGACUUGAUCGGCCUGCAAAACGCAACAAACGUCUGGAUUGAUCACAACACGUUCACCUCGGAUCUUGACCACGGCAAGGACUUUUACGAUGGACAAUGCGAUAUAACUCAUGCCAGCGACUUCGUCACUGUUUCAUGGAACGUAUUUACCGAGCAUUUCAAGGUAUCGUUGGUCGGGCACUUGACAACAACGGUGCCGAGGACACUGGCCAUUCAGGGUCACUUACCAUCACAACUAUUUCCUACAUGUCAACUCCCGUCUUCCUUCCCUCCGCUUCGCCAUAUCUACAACAACUAUUUCAAAAACGUCCUCAACUCGGGCGUCGAUUCGCGUGAUGGUGCCCAAACCCUCGUUGAGAACGUCCUGCUCCCGAUAGAAACCGCACUUAAUGGAGGAUUCGCUGUUCAACGUAACAACCUUUUGAUAAACACCACGAUGGACUCAGAUUUAGUUCAAGGGACUCUCACUACGGUUCCAUAUACUUAUACCCUGGACGAAGCAAGCACUAUUGCGGAAAUAGUCGCAAAGAGCGCUGGAGCUGGAGUUAUUACCUUUUGA